UCUCUCCCGGGCUGGGCUGACGGCUGCGCUAGGGGAACUUGGGUUUAGUAUGUGAGGGCGAGCGGCGGCGGCGGCAGUUUGGGAAGCAGGCGAAGAAAAUAUUGUGCUGUUAUCCAGUUGUCAUCAUUGAUUGCAUUCUUCUAAUCUUCAAGACUUCUAUUGGAGUUAAAGUGUAUAGUUGUGACAAUGACAACUGAAGUUGGCUCGGAGACUGAAGUAAAGAAAGAUUCUGAGCAGAUGGGACAAGACAAAGCCAAGGACAAGCCUGAAGGAACAUCAGAGACUUCAGAAAAUCAAAAGUCUGCGGAAACAUUCUCAGAACAAGCUGAAGAUUCUUCCUCUGUCCCAGCAACAGCUAGCCAGAGUAGUCCAAGUAGCCAGAAGAAGGAAAAAACUUCACCUGAAAGCAAGGGUAUUUCUCGUUUCCUUCCUCCCUGGCUUAAGAAACAAAAAUCAUACACCUUGGCAGAGCCCAAAGAUGAGCCCAAGAAAAAGACCACAGGGGAAGAACAAAUAGUUGAACGUGAACACCAGGCAGCAGAGGAGGUCACUCAGACAAAAAAGAGCUUACAAGAAGCAAUGUCUGAAAGUCACCAUAAUGCUAAAGCAGAUGAGAAAGAAGAAAAACACUCUGUUAGUAGUUCUGAAACACAGCCUGUAAAGGAAGAUGGUAAAGGAACUGAAGCAGGGAAAGUUGAAGAGGAAAAGGAAGAAAAACAUGAAGAAAAAGAUAAAAGGGAGACAAAAGAAGUGCAGACAGCUGAAAUUAAAGCAGAAAACAUUCCUCAGAAAUCUCCCAAGAAAAUUAAAACUGUGCAGUGUAAAGUGAUGCUUCUGGAUGGCACGGAAUACGGCUGUGACCUAGAGAAAAGAGCUAAAGGCCAAGUGCUGUUUGAUAAAGUGUGUGAACAUCUCAAUUUACUCGAAAAGGACUACUUUGGGCUGUUAUUUUAUGAGAAUUCAGAACAGAAGAACUGGCUAGAUUCUUCAAAGGAAAUUAAGAGACAAAUUCGAAGUUUACCUUGGAUAUUCACCUUUAAUGUGAAGUUUUAUCCCCCUGAUCCUUCACAGAUGACCGAAGACAUUACUAGAUAUUUCUUGUGCCUACAGCUUCGUCAGGAUAUCGUUUCUGGUCGACUGCCAUGUUCUUUUGUGACUCACACCCUCCUUGGUUCAUAUACUCUGCAGGCUGAGCUGGGUGAUCAUGACCCAGAGGAGCACCGCAGUGGCUAUAUCAGUGAAUUCCAGUUUGCACCCAAUCAAACUCAAGAAAUGGAAGAGAAAGUAGCAGAGCUACACAAAACACACAGGGGCUUGACUCCAGCACAGGCGGAUUCCCAGUUCCUAGAAAAUGCUAAGAGACUCUCCAUGUAUGGAGUGGACUUACAUCAUGCCAAGGACUCUGAAGGUGUGGAUAUCAUGCUGGGUGUAUGUGCUAAUGGACUGCUCAUUUACAAAGAUAAACUCCGAAUCAACCGUUUUGCUUGGCCAAAAAUUCUGAAGAUUUCCUAUAAGCGAAGUAAUUUCUACAUCAAAGUCAGGCCGGCAGAACUGGAACAGUUUGAGAGCACUAUUGGGUUCAAACUGCCAAAUCAUCGGGCUGCUAAAAGGUUAUGGAAGGUUUGCGUGGAGCACCAUACUUUCUUCAGACUUGUAUCACCAGAACAGCCUCCAAAAGCAAAGUUUCUAACACUGGGUUCCAAGUUCCGCUACAGUGGACGUACACAAGCACAGACACGACAGGCAAGCAGCCUCAUAGACAGGCCAGCUCCGUACUUUGAACGCACUUCAAGCAAACGUGUUUCCAGAAGCCUUGACGGAGCUCCUAUGGGUAUCUCAGACCAAAGUCUGCUAAGAGACUUCACUGCUACUGGAGGGCAGGCUGCUGGAGAUAAAAUCAUUGACAUUGAAGCUAUUGGUCAGGCCAAGUUAAAAGAAGGUGGCAGAGAAGAAGAUGGAAGCCCAGUCAAAACUCCACAAUUAGAAUUGACUCAGGAUGGAAAGAAUUUUUUUCUUCAGCUCACUCACAAACCUCCAUCAUCACUACCCAUCUGUUCUGUGCCAUCCCGUCUCACAAACCUGUCACCUGUCCCUGAGAUGGACAUGCUUUCAGAUAUUUCAGAGGAAGAUCCCUUUGGGGAGCCCCUCUUUACCAUCCCUGAUGUCUCAGAGUGCAAUUCCAUGAAAGAAACACCAGAUCAUAAUACCAGUGAAAUAGCUUUACCAAAUAAUGUCUUGGAAUCUAUGAGACCUCUAGCUAGUCGAGGCUCCCCUGUUGUGGAGAGAAAAAUCCGUAACAAUUUGUACAAAAGCACCGAGCUGUGUGUCUCCUUCAGCUUUAUCAGAUGCUUUUCUUUUAGUUUCCAUUCGCUGCUUGAUAAGGAUGGUUAUAUUACUUUUCCUAGCCUUCCUGAUGUUUGCAUCUCUUUCCUUCCACCUGGCCUUCAGCACUAUAUUCCUAUUACCUCCCCUUCCUUCAUCCCCUCUUUUCUCUUUAUCUUUGUGCUGCUUCUGUCUGCUUUCCAGUCUAUUCCUUUUUCACUCACAUUUUCCCUUCCUCUCGCUCUGUCCCUCUGCUACCUGGAGCCUAAGGUGACCUCCUUUAGUGCCUCUAAUGACAAUGAACUGAAUGACAAAGCAGAGGAAGAGGAGCUGGAAUCUGAAGAGGAGGAAACACAGCAGAAGGACCUGGAUAAGACCCAGGAGGACUUACUGAAACACCAGGCUAGCAUUAGUGAGCUCAAGCGCAAUUUCAUGGAGUCCACCCCUGAGCCACGCCCAAACGAGUGGGAAAAGCGGCGUAUCACACCUCUGUCCCUGCAGACCCAAGGGAAAAAAGGAGACCACAUUUUCCAAGUGAAAACGCUGCCUGGGAAGGAAAAACAAUGGACUGCAAUGCCAUGGAUUGCUGAAGCAAAACCAGAGGAAACCGAUAAGAGCCUAGAAGAGGAGAUAACGUCCAUUUUAUUUAGUAAGGAGGGCUUUGGCGCGAGCACGAGAGGGCCUUUCGCCGCCGCCAGUGUGGGGCCAGCAGAGGGCGCUGCGGGGGAAGAGACCGCCGCCUCGGCCGCGCCGCCGCCGCCGCGUCAGAGACAUGCUUCCAGAGCAGAAGGGCCUUGUACUGGAGUCAGCGAUGCUGAUAAGAGUUCACAUGAGACUCUGGACAUAGUGGUGGAGAAGAAGCAGGCAGAGGUUGGGAUAGAAGAUACACUAGUCGUAGACGAAACCAACAAAGGGAAAAUGCAAGUUGCCACUGAUGCUGGGGAGACAUGUAAGGUGGAGCAUCUGUCAAAAAAAGACUCUUCAUCAUUGCCAUCAGAUAGUAGCAGCAGCAGCAGCAGUAGUAGUGAGAGUGAGGAUGAAGAGGUGGGAGAAUACCAGCCACAUCAUAGGGCAAUUGAGGAAGUCAUCAGGGAAGAAAAGGAAGAAGAGGAAGACACAAAAAGGAAAGAACAUGAAGAAAAGAUACAACACGUGGAAGCUACACCAGAAGGCAGUAAACUAAAUGUACCAAUUGAGCACACACAAGAUAAAGCUGAAGAACUGGUCCAGGAAAAUGCAGUUAUCAUAGCUACAGAAGAAAAGAAUUUGUCAGAGGAAAUUAAACAAGAUUUAGGUGAAGAAAAAGAGGAGGAACAGAUCAAAAUCAAUGGAGAUGUGUCUCAUGUUGACAUUGAUGUUGCACCACAAAUAAUUUGUUGUUCUGAGCCUCCAGUAGUGAAAACAGAGAUGGUAACCAUUUCAGAUGCCACACAGAGAACUGAAAUCUCUACUAAAGAAGUUCCAAUUGUUCAAACAGAAACUAUCACAUAUGAAUCUCCACAGUUUGAUGGCAGUGCUGGUGGCAAUGGUGGUGUGCUGCUGAGUGCACAAGCAAUUACAUCUGAAUCAAUUUCUACUACCACAACUACACACAUUACAAAGAUGGUAAAAGGUGGGGUAUCAGAAACAAGAAUUGAGAAGCGCAUUGUCAUUACUGGAGAUUCAGAUAUUGACCAUGAUGAGGCCCUGGCACAAGCAAUCAAAGAAGCCAAAGAACAGCACCCUGACAUGUCUGUCACAAGAGUGGUUGUGCACAAAGAAACUGAACUCGCUGAAGAAGAUGAAGAAUAAUAUCACAAAUGCCCUCAAGCAAAUGCUACAGAUGUAGAAAUGACACUGACAGUGAUCAUGGCCGUGAAGAAUUGUAGUCAUUCCAAGUCAUCACUACUCCACUGAGUUCACCAAGCUUAGCAAUGAUGACCAGAUGUUCAAGACUUAAAUGACAAUACCAAACUCGUUCUUAACAUAUUUGGUCUAUAUUCCCUUACAAUCUUUCUUGUUUAUUUUUUUUUUAUAACCACUUCUUAACAAUCUUUUUUUCUUUUUUAAAUGAAGUUUUAGAGGGUGUGAUCUUCUUUUGCACAAAUACUUGUAUUUUUGAAACUGAUUCUUAAUUGUAUGAAAGUGAACAAGAAGUCCAAAAAGCAUUGUUCACUGGAGCAGGUGGUAAUUGUGCAGGAAGGGGGAUCUUUACUAAUUUAGAUGUAGGUUUUUUCCAGAUAUUUCGAAUGAAAUCUCUUACUGGAGUAAUUUACAGAUUUUUUUUUCAGAUUAUUCAGGUAAAUAUAUGGUAUUGCAUAACAAAGAUUUUUAUAAAAAUACAACAUUUCCUAAAAUUUGAAGAAAUAUAUUUCUUUAGAUAAAUUUUAUACUGAUAUCUCUGUAACUCUUUCUGUUCUAAGGUUCUCCUCUCUGUGGAGCAGAGAGGGUGUAGCAGUCUGUAGAGGAGAAGGAGUUGCAGACACAUUUCUUCUGACUGAGCACUGUGUUCUUUUUGCACUUUGGUGCCAAUGCUCAACUUUUUUGCAGGCAUUUUGCUGUCUGCAGCAUUCCAGACAAGGAAAGAAGGAAGAACAAAAUAUCUUUCUCUUCUUCCAACAAGAGAUGAUCUAGGCAGCUUAAAACCUUAGUGCUUUUUUUUUUCUUACCGUGUCCAAACUUCAACAUUUCCAUUAUUUGAAUACAUGUGUAGAAUGCUUGCUUUCUAUUAAACCUCACUGUCUCCAUGUUAGAGCUGACGUUGCUGUAAUAAAGAGGGUAUACGUUUCAGAUGCUUUGUCUAGUGAUUAAUGCAAGUUUUUAGGAAACUGAGUGAAAGUAUAUGAUGGACUCCAUUCAUAAAGUAAUAAGACAGUACCAUCAUUUGAGACUGCCAUUGAGAAAACCUGUUAAUAAUUUUGGAUUUUGUUUGUAUUUUGUUCUUGCAGGGGGUUGGUUGGUUGGGUUGUUGGUUUGUUUUUUUUUUUUUGCUGUCAACUGUGUAUAGUUAAAAUGCCAAAUUAGAUUUAUAGCAGCUUGAAGUUGUAUUAAGUGUUAUUUUGCUUUCUGUAAUUCUGUUAUAAAAUAAAGUUGUUUAUUCUCUGUAUGA